GGGAGCGCAUAGAGGAAGGGAGGGCAAUCUUGUCCGGACGCUAAUAAGACCCAAUGGCCGGUGCAAGGUGGCCAGGAGCGCUGGGACGCGUCAGGAGGCGAAGACAGAGGAGAAAAUUAGAGGAGCAGUCAGCAUGAGCGCCUGGAUGUGAGCGGGACUCUCAGAGCGCAGCGGCUGCCUUUUUCCUUUCUUUUUCUUUUUCUUUUUUGGGGGGGAAUUUGGAGCCAUCUGGCUUCCAGUGCGCGUCAGGUUUUGAAAGUGCGUGGAGACAGAAGCGCAUCAAUAAUCCAUGAAUUGGAAUGGACCCAGAUUUGACCAUCAUUCAGUUGCAAUCACAAACCUGUAGCCUCUGUGAGCCUCUGAGUCCUGGGAGCCCUCAUCCUCAUCAAUGAAGCAGUUCUGUUGGGCCCGUCUGGUUCAGCUUUGUCUGCUUGCUGCGUGGACCUGUGUGUGGCUGGUUGAGGGAUGCGGACCAGGCCCUGGCUAUGGCAUCCGCUCCAGGCCCAGGAAACUCACAGCCAUGCACUACAAGCAGUUUUUCCCAAACUUCUCGGAAAACAACCUCGGGGCCAGUGGAAGAGCAGAGGGCAAGAUCACACGCGACUCCGAGCGCUUUAAUGAACUGGUGUGCAACUACAAUCCAGACAUUGUCUUCAAAGAUGAGGAGAACACCGACGCAGACCGCCUCAUGACUAAGCGAUGUAAGGACUGCCUGAACAGGCUGGCCAUUGCAGUGAUGAACCAGUGGCCUGGGGUUCACUUGCGUGUGACAGAGGCCUGGGAUGAAGAUGGUCACCACCCUCAAGGCUCUCUUCACUACGAAGGCCGGGCAGUGGAUAUAACCACUGAUGACAGGGAAACCGAGAAGUACGGCCUUUUGGCCCAGCUGGCCGUGGAGGCCGGCUUCGACUGGGUCCACUAUGAGUCCAAGUAUCACGUUCAUUGUUCAGUGAAGGCGGACCAUUCUGUUGCUGUGGAGAGAGGGGGCUGUUUCCCUGGCUGGGCCCGGGUUACUCUUGCUGGGGGAAGGCAGAAGACUUUGUCCUCACUGGCUCCUGGCGACAGGGUCAUGGCUUUGUCCGACACGGGUCAGGUGGUGUACACUCGAGUCCUUUCCUUUCUUCACCAGGACCAGGAAAGCGUGUCUACGUUUCUGUCUCUGGAGACCGAAGAGGGGUACACACUGGUCCUCACUCCGCAUCACUUAGUCUUCUUAGCCCCAAACUGCGGACAUGACAUAAGCGAGUACCAGGCUCGUUUUGCUAGCAGGGCCAAAACGGGAGACUGUGUCCUCAUCAGCACAGCAGACAGUCAAACCCUGCCGUCCCCCAUCGUCUCGGUUUCAGUUGCAGAAAGUGUGGGAGUGUAUGCGCCCUUGACAGAAGCUGGAACCUUGUUUGUUGACAGGGUGCUGGCCUCCAGCUAUGCACUGGUGGAGGAUCACAGACUUGCACACUGGGCCUUUGGACCUCUGAGACUCUUUUAUUCCUUGAAGGAGCUACUUUGGGCAGAAGCAGCAGAUCAAACCACAACUGGUUCAAUAUCUCUGACAAACAUUAGGUCACAUUUUAGCACUUUGACCAUAAAGAAAGAAGGUAUAAAUGAGGGUUUUCUACACAAACAUAAUAAUCUUACUGAACCUUUCAGGAUGAAAAUUCAAGAGAAGCGCUUGUCAAAAAUUCACUGGUAUGCCAGGUUACUGUACAGAUUUGCAUGGGUCUUGUUAGACUCCAAUUUAUUCUAUCCUUAAAAUCCUGAAACAAAAAAAAAUACAUUUCUGUGCAAUGUUAGUACUUUAAUGUAUUAUAAUACAAAAAAUGCUAACAACAUCAUGACGUCAAAAGAGCUUGUCAGACAAUGCUUAAAUGACCUUUUACAUUUGUACAUCACUCAUUUUUUGAAAGUAUUUCACUUAAAAAGGGAUAAAUGUUGUUCAAAUAGAAAAAGAAUGAAUUUCCAUAGCAACAGAAUCUUUAUUUUUGUACUUUCUGAAUAAUAUAUGCGUAUAUGUUCCUUUUUUUAUAAAUACACCACUUGUAUUGUAUGAACUGACAUGGUGUUAUGAUAUAAAACAAAUAAAAGUAUUAUUUUAAUGAAGCAA